GGCUUGUCGCAAAAAGAAUAGAAAAUAUACAUUGUGCCGUGAUUAAAAACAAACGUUUGUCAAAAUGAAAAUCAAACUAAUUGAUUCAGUUGUGCGCAGCUUUAAGGUUGCCAAGAUUUUUCGCGAAAAUACUGACAAAAUCAACGCUAUUGACUUUGCACCGAACGGAGAGCAUCUGAUCUCUUGCAGCGAGGACGACCAAAUUGUUAUAUACGAUUGUGAGAAGGGAACACAAUCGCGCACAGUGAAUUCGAAAAAAUAUGGUGUAGAUUUGAUACACUUUACGCAUGCCAACAAUACGGCCAUACAUAGCUCGACAAAGGUGGAUGACACUAUACGAUAUCUGAGUCUGCAUGACAACAAAUAUUUGCGUUACUUUCCCGGUCACACAAAAAAAGUCAUCUCGCUAUGCAUUUCACCAGUGGAGGAUACUUUUCUGUCUGGCUCAUUGGACAAAACGCUGCGCCUGUGGGAUUUGCGUUCACCGAAUUGCCAAGGAUUGAUGCAUCUAUCGGGCCGACCCAUUGCCGCCUACGAUCCCGAGGGUCUCAUCUUUGCAGCCGGCGUCAAUUCGGAAAGCAUCAAACUGUACGAUCUGCGCUCGUUCGAUAAGGGCCCCUUUGUCACGUUCAAGCUCAACCAGGAGAAGGAAUGCGACUGGACGGGCCUGAAGUUUUCGCGUGACGGCAAGACCAUAUUGAUCAGUACAAAUGGCUCAGUUAUACGGCUUGUGGACGCCUUCCAUGGCACACCGCUGCAAACAUUCACAGGCUAUCCGAACAACAAGGGCAUUGCCAUUGAGGCGAGCUUCAGCCCGGACUCGCAGUUCAUCUUCUCCGGCAGCACCGAUGGCCGCGUGCAUAUAUGGAAUGCCGACACUGGCAACAAGGUCUCCGUGCUAAAUGGCGAUCAUCCCGGACCCGUGCAAUGUGUGCAGUUUAAUCCCAAGUACAUGAUGCUAGCCUCGGCGUGCACAAACAUGGCCUUCUGGCUGCCCACGUCUGAGGAGGGUGUCUAAUAAAUAGGUUUAAUUUUGUAUAUGUAUAUUUAAGUAAAUAAUUACAGCUAAAUG